CCGGGGCGUGCGCGGCGGCGGCGGCGGCGGCGGCGGCGGCUGGCGGCGUUGGGGGCCAUGGUGCAGAUCGGCUUCCAGCAGGCGCCGGCCGCGCUCAAGGCGGAGAAGGCGGCGGCGGCGGCGGGCGAUGGGGCGGCGGCGGCGGCCGAGGAGCCGCCUGCGGCGGUGCAGGGCCGGAGGGCAUCGCUCAGCGGGGUGUGCUACCUGACCAUGGGCCUCCUCGUGCUGCUCCUUGGCUUGGUCUUCGCAUCAAUGUAUGUGUACAGAUACUUCUUCGUCGCCCAGCUUCCCCGCGAGAGCGUGUUCCACUGCGGCGUCCUCUACGAGGACUCCCUGUACUCGCCGUUCAAAGGGCAGCUGGAGCUGCACGAAGACGUCAAGAUUUACCUUGAGGAGAACUACGAGCAAAUCAACGUGCCUGUACCCCAGUUUGGAGGGAGCGACCCUGCAGAUAUCAUCCAUGACUUCCAGCGAGGCCUGACGGCUUACCAUGACAUAACGCUGGAUAAAUGCUAUGUCAUCGAGCUGAACACCACGAUUGUGAUGCCUCCGCGCAACCUGUGGGAGCUGCUGGUUAACGUGAAGAAGGGGACGUACCUGCCUCAGACAUACAUAAUCCAGGAGGAGAUGAUCGCGACAGAGCACGUCCGGGACAUGGAGCAGCUCGGCUCCUUCAUCUACCGCCUCUGCAGCGGCAAGGAGACUUACCGGCUGAAGCGGAGGAGUGCGAGGCGACGUAUAAGUCGACGUGAGGCUGGAAGCUGUCAUCGCAUUCGUCACUUUGAAAACACUUUUGUGGUUGAAACUGUUAUCUGCAAGAAGUCGUGAAGCCCCUGUCCAGCUGUACUUUUCCUUGGCUUUGCUUGCACACACACGCACACAAAUGCUCUCAGCCCUCUCGUUAGACACAAUAACCCCUAUUACUCUUUUUUUUUUUUUUACUCCCUCUCCUGCUUGUGCAGCUCUAACUUCUUGGGUCCGCUGUGGCCUUGCAGUGGAUUCUCUUCUCUCUGUACUACCUACUUGAGAUGUUUUGCUGGGCUUAAAUUUAUGCAGUGAUCAAAGAUGACCUGUGAGUAGAAGCAACCUCCUCAGCACCGCAGGGGUAGCAGGGGAGGCCGAGGGACAGGAGCACUGGAAAUGGCUGCUCUUUUCCUGGCUGGCGUAAUGCUUUGACGCUGCCGUGGCGCAGAGACGCGAGGUGCACCACAGAAGGAGGGCUACCGUUUCGAUGCUGCUGUAAUGACUAGAAACAUGUAAUCAGAUGUGCUGAGGAAACAUGUAGUUGUGAGGCUACAAUCAGUGUGAUUUGGAAAGCUCAGCAGAUGAGAGGGUUUCUGCCCAAACCACGUAAUGGUGGUCCUAGCCUGCAGUGUGCUCUCUCCCCAAAGACCAGGUCCCCACCGUGGGAAGCAGCCUCUGCCUGCUCUUUCCGUGACCGUCUCCUGGACUCCUCCCUUGCCGCCGGGUGGUCUCCCCCUGUGCGUGGGUCACCCACCGACUGUGGUGGGCCCCUCUUGAGCUCCGCACCUGGCUGGUGUCAGGGGAGGCAGGAGGCCAGGGCACAGGGCGAGGAGAUGGAGCGGGAAUGACACGAAUGAACGUCCUUGCACCCUGGCCAUGAAGCAGAGGACGAGGUGCAAGUCCUUCUCCAUGUCCUCGCUGUGAAGGGACCCAAAUCCUGGCUGACUGGGGUGGCGUUACCUGGAGAAUACGAUUCCUCAGCCUUUCUUCUAACACACAUCGCAUCUGUGGGUCCCCGGCAGAUCUGCCGUCACUUGCCCAACCACACAGGUGAAUCUCUGAGGGAUGAGAGUUGCCAAAACUCCACCGAUGUCCCUUGUCUCAGCCGGUGGAGCAGCAGUUCCCUCUAGCCGGGGUGUGUGCUGGCCACCUCCAGUUCCAGGGAAGGUCAGAGGAGGGAGGACCAGCUACGUUCACACAGGUCUUUCUUCCUGGGCUGUCGAGAUCCCACGUGCAGGUAGAUGGGCACGAUACGUACGUACGAAGCUGUGUCAGCAGCAGCGCUGGUAGUUAGCGGCAUGUGCAGAAGCAGAUUUUUUUGUUUGUUUUUAGAGAGAGAGAAGUAGUGUAUUCUUGUGUAACCCCUCUGUUGAAAGCUGUUUUGAUGGUAAUUACUGUAGCCAUGUUCGCACUGUCUGCAGGCACUGUUGUAGUGCAGAUAUGUGUAUAAGGCCAGGAUUCAGCAGAUCAAUACACUGCAGAGAAAUUGUGUGAACAAAACUGCAUUUCUAUUGAUCAUCAGAGGGAGAAACUGUAGAGCAAUUAUAUAUUCUUCCCUCUGUUCCAUAAAUGUAGUUAAAAUUAAUUAGGCUCUUGAAAUGCAGGCAUUUUUUUGGCUUGAAAGAACAGGGUGAAUUUCAAAUUGGCACGUUCUUGUUAAUUGGUUUCCAGCAAAUCUGGACUUGUUCACCAUCUGUUGAAAUGAGUUUAUUGUUUCAGAAAGAGAAAGGAAAAGGAAACGCAAGUACAAUCAUUAACUCAGCAGAACCAAAAAAGUGAAUAUACUUUAGUAUAAAAUUUUUAAGUAAUAACGAUGUGAGCUAAGAUAUGAAAAACAGAACGGGAUCUCAAAAUGAUCAUCUAAUACAACAGGAUUACAUCCUUAGAGGCUGAGAAUUGAUUUUUGUAUAAUGUAUAGUCAACCAUAAACUUUAAAUUUAAACAGAGAGAGGAGGCGGCUUUGGUCUUGUUCUGCCUUAAGCUUAAUGUAAAAUGAAGAAUCACAAGUGCUUCAUUCAGGUUGGUAAGGAAAAUUUCUCGCUGCCAGAGGGGCAUUUGCUUUUCUAUAGUACCGUUGUGCUUUUCCAGAUAUAACUUGCUCUUAGCUCUAACCUUCCGUUGCAAAGUGGGUGGCAACAAGUGAGAUGGAGGCUUGGUUCUUGUAGUGGAAGUACAGGAAACUGGUAAAUUUAAGCCCUGCAUUUGUUUUGUUUCUGGGAGGGGAAGCCUGCGCCCGGGCGAGCACACGGACCGUCUCCCCUUCCUUCCAGCUCUGCAUGAAUUUGCUGGCAUUGAGUACGCUAGCUGUGCAAUCCCCAGCGGUCAGGGUGGGCCGUAGCUCUGCGCGAGGAGCUAACGUUUCACGGGACGAGGACGCGACUGUCUAGAAAGAGAACGUACAAAUGCUCUGUGUAUUUUGUCUGGUAGGUCUCUUACCUCUUAGGAAACAUCGAUGGGAUAAAUAAAAUCUUUUACCUCUGU